AUGUUAAAUCAAAAUGGUAAUAAAUCAUCUACCUCCGCUGAUGUGCCAUAUUACAACUUGAACAAUAAUAAUAAUAAAGAAACUAUAGAAAAAAGAUAUAAAGAUGAUAAUUUACCUAAUACUAUAGGGCAUGUUAAUGAUAUAAAUAACCUAAUAUAUGAUAAUAGUAGCAUAAAUAUAAAAAAUGAUAGAUAUUCGUCAAAAACAUUCAUCUCAGAUAAUUCAACAAAUGGAUCAAUAUCCAAUAAGAAUAGUACUGAUGAAUCAUGCACACAAAAAUCUAAUUACAAUAUAGUAAUAAGUUCUCAUAAUAGUGAUGAUUCAUAUAAAGAAAAAACGAAAUAUAAUAAAAAAAAGAGUUUUUUCAGUGACUAUAAUGUAGUUCCAAAUAACUACCCAGUUUAUGAUAAUAACAAAAAUCGAAUGGUUAAUGAAACUAGUAAUAAUAUAUUUUCAGGACAUUCAAAUUGUGAAAAUAAAAAUAGUUGUAAUAUUAGUAAUGAUGUUUAUAAAUACCCACAUUAUAAUAUCACUAGUGCAAACAAUAGCAAUUCAGAAAACGUGACUUUAUAUCAAAAGGAAAAAAAUUAUUUAGAUCAUAAUAAUAAUAAUAAUAAUGACAAUAAUAAUGAUAAGAAUUAUGGAUAUGACAACAAUGUAGUACUUUCUGCAGAUUCAUACCAUGGCACUAAUUAUUCUUAUAACUCCCCAAAAAAUAGCACAAACAAAAAUGAUCAUAAAAAUAAUCUAAAUAAUUAUAAGCUGAAUAAUAAUAAAAUAUAUAUAGAAGAAAAAAAUGAAACAAGUGUAACAUCUGAUGGGGAAAAAAGACCAAGUAAUGUAUCUGAAAUGUACAACCUUCGUGAUGAUAAACGUGUAAAUAAUUUAAAUAAUGAUUAUUUAAAAAAAAAUUAUAUAUACAAAAGUUUAUGUAUGAAUAGAGAAAAAUCAAUGGGGCAUACAAAAAUAUUUGAUUGCAUUGAAUGCAAAAGUGGUGACGAAAAUAAUAGUAUACCCAAACAUAAAAAUAAAACUAGUGAAUUUAUUCCUAAGUAUAAAAGUUUGACAGCAAAGGAAAUACAUUAUAAUAGUUUAUCUGGAAAUGAUAAUAUAACUGUUUUAGAAGCAAACAAAAUAAAACUUGAUAUGAAUAAAAUUUCGAACAAAAGCAUAGACCCAUUACCUGAUGUAUACCCAUUUAAAUUGUCAAAAGAGUAUAGUAAAAAUGAAGCAAAAUUAGAAAAGUUAUAUCCAGCUAAUUUUAAUUAUAUAAAUAAUUAUAACAAAAAUAAUGCAAAUAUAUCAAUCGAAGAACGAAGAAAUAAUAUGCAUUCAAGUCAUAUAUUUGAUUAUGAUGAUAAUAAAAAUCAGACAAGAAAUGGCAAUUAUAGAAGUACAAAUACAAUAUUACCCCACAUAUAUAAUGAAAACAAACCAAAUGAUGAGAAACAUACAGAAAAAGAUGAAAAUAGAAAAAAAUAUCCGCUUUAUAGUGAUUUAUUUGGUAGAACAACACCAAAUAUAAAUCAAACUAUUCCAUGUGAAAAAAUAAUGCCAACUACAAUGAAUUCGAAUUGGAUGUAUUGUCCAAUAAAUAGUAAAAGAUAUUCAGGAGAAUCGAGCCCCAAUUCAGAUUAUCUUAAAUACUCUGGCAAAACUAAUUUCCAUAGAAAAUCAUAUUUUCAUAAUGAUGGAUAUGAUUGUCGAAAAAAACUUCAAGAAGCUAUAGGCAAAGGUUCAAAAGCGUCAUUUCAAAUGAACUUACAAUCUUUUAUAAAUCCAAAAAAUAAUGAUGAUACUGAUAAUUAUAAUAAUAAUAAUUAUGGGAAUGUACAAGUUACAUAUUUGCAUUUACAAAAUAUAAAAGAUUCUAUAACUGAUGAUCAAAUAAAGACAGCUAUCAAACAAAGUGGGUCCUAUAUAGUUAAUUAUGAACCUGAAUUUGAUAUUUUUUCAAAUAAACGAAAAAGUAAUGCAAAAUUAUGUAUAAGACAUUCUAACGGAAAAGAUAAUUUGAAUAUUUUAUUAAAUUUGUUUGAUAAACUUGGCAUAAAGGCUCGAAUUUUGUUUUAA